AUAGCAGCCUGACUACAUUUGGUUGCUGUGUUUUGUCAGCUUUGGAUUGCAGAGGUCUGGCAAGGCUGCUUUCUUUUUCCUGAGCCCUUUUUCAGACCAAGCUCUAUCUAAGUUGCUUCUAACUUUGCUGUUGUUGUUGAGGGUGAUCUAGGAAUUGAUCAAUCCAACAAGGUGUCAAGAAAAGACAAGAAUCAACUGGUGCCUUCAAGAUGAGUCUUCUUCAUCUCCCACUUUUGACGGCUCUAUUCAGUGGUAUAUUAUGCCAGUAUGAUUACAACUAUGAACCUUUAUCUCAGCUGGGACCUUCAGGACCUAAUUGUGCGCAAGAGUGUGAAUGCCCGAUAAAUUUCCCAAGUGCCAUGUACUGUGACAACCGCAAUCUGAAGUUCAUCCCAAUAGUGCCUUCAGGAAUCAAGUACCUUUACCUGCAAAGAAAUGAGAUAGAUACCAUCAAAAAUGGCGUCUUUGACAAUGCCACAGAGCUUUCUUGGCUUAUCUUGGAUGAAAACCAAAUUGUGAACAGCAACAUAGGAAAAAAGACAUUUUCCAAGCUGAAAAAGCUGGAAAGGCUGUACAUGAAUAACAACAAACUUACAGAGCCUGUUGGACCUCUUCCCAGUACCCUGCAGGAGCUUAAACUUGCAAAUAAUGAACUCUCAAAGUUUCCAUCCAGCCUUUUGAAAGGACUCCAAAACCUCACUGUCAUUCAACUUCAAGAUAAUCAGUUGAAUGAUGAUGCUCUUGCUGGAGUCUUUCAGGGGCUCAACUCCCUGACGUACCUUGACUUAAACAACAAUAAAUUAAAAAAAUUGCCUCAGGAUCUUCCAAGCAGUCUGGAGAUCUUAUAUGCUGAUCACAAUGAAAUCUCCAAACUUCCAGACAACUACUUACAAAAACUACCGAAGCUGCAGUACCUGAGAAUCUCACACAAUCAAUUGGUGGAUUCUGGCAUUCCCGCUGAUUUCUUCAAUACCACUUCUCUUAUUGAGCUGGACUUGUCUUUCAACAUGCUGAAGUCCAUCCCAGUUGUUAAUGAAAACUUAGAGAACCUAUACUUACAGGUCAACAAAAUCAACAAGUUUGAUCUGGCUAGCUUCUGCAAGAUCACUGGGCCACUGAACUACUCCAGACUGAAACACCUGAGGCUGGAUGGAAACAGUAUCACUCGCAAUGACUUGCCAGUGGAUAUGUCAAACUGCCUCCGCCAAGCCAGUGAAGUCAUCUAUGAGUAAAGGCCUGGUCUAGUGUUAAGCUGGGGGUCCUGGUCUGUUUUCAAUAUUUCCAGUAGAUCAGGGGCUUCUGCUCUGUUAACCUCAGCAUGUUUCAAGAUUUUACUAUUGUUGAGAGUAGCAUGUUAAUUAAAGGCCUCUAACUACCUGAACAAAACCAACCGCAGAGGUUCAGCACUUUGAUGUGCAUGAAACUAUUCCGAAAUAAAGGUAAGAAAUCCAUAGGAAAUGUGUACUAUAAAUGCACUCUGAAUAUACUAUUGAAUAUUGAUGUCAUACCAGUACAUGAUACAGUAUGUGUUCUUAAGGAAAGAAGACUUUUAUUUGAGCAAUAUAUCCCCAUAUAUGUUACGACUGUGAUUCUGUAGCCGAAUAUACACAGUUAAAAACAUUAAAAAGGUAAACUUACUUGUGGACAAAGCAAGAUUUUUCUUUCUCAUAUUAAAAUAUACUCUUUUGGCUUCUAAAUAAGAAUAUUUUUCUUACAUUUUCUUAAAUUUUUUAAACAGUGUAGUAAGUUAAGCUAAUGGGUAACUGAUUUGUUUCAGAACCACAUCUUGCAAACCACAACUCGUUGUAGCUGUGCUAGGUUAAAGGGUACAUUGACCUUUGUGUGUGAAGUUGUGGUGUUUUCUGACUUUCAUGUUUGCUUUUAAUACAUUGUUAUAUCAUCAUCUAGCAAUGAACGACACAUGCAAUACAUAGUUACAUUUGCAGAUUAUGGAAUGUGGUCUGGAAACUCUCUAAUACAUAACAUACAAGAUUUCUGUCAGUUACAUGAGAUACAGUGUCACUAAAUGUCAGCAAGGAGUUGAUCUAGGAAGGUAUUGCUAGAUUACAUUUGAUAGUUAUGGUAACCAAUAUUUAAGCAACUGCUGAAAAUAUCAGAUGCUACUAAAUUUGAAUGGAACUAAAUACAUUUCAGUCUAUGCUACUGGACUAAAGUUUAUUUAGUUUCUUCAGAUUUAUGAUUCAUGUUUUAAGCUAUGGAUACCAUAAGCAUAUUAAUUGCUAUGCAAAGUAACCUACAACCAAAGUCUAUUAAUACAAUCUAAAGAAGAUCACCUUCAAAGUGAUACAAUAAUGCUUCUAGGUAAAUGUAGUGCCCAGUAUUUGAUGUACUGAAUGUUAAGUGUUUAUCACAAUGAAUGUUUUUUAUAACCUGGGCUAAAAAAAGCUGCACUGAAUAAACAUGAUGUGUAAAAUUAUUCAGUCAUUAGUUUAGUCUUUUAUUACUUUUACAAUUUAAGCCAUAGUCAACAAGUCUAAAUAAAACAGUCUUUGACAUUCAUCUUAUGCCAUGUAAACCUAUAGCAACAUUCUCAAUUACUUGCAUGCAUUUUAUAGUAACUUUGAAAAAAAUAAAAUAAAACAGCAAUUCAA